CGUUAUGGUGGAGGUCCCGGCCGGCUGUGGCCCUGCCCCGUGACGCGGCGUCGGUCACCUGACCCGGCUGCGGGGUGAGGAGACACAAGGGAAGUCGCUGUUGACAGAGACGGAGCCGCCGCCGCCGCCGCCCCCCCGGGACCUCCUGCACAAUGCCUUCGGAAAAGACCUUCAAGCAGCGCCGCACCUUCGAACAAAGAGUGGAAGACGUUCGGCUCAUCCGGGAGCAGCACCCCACCAAGAUCCCGGUGAUCAUAGAACGGUACAAGGGUGAGAAGCAGCUGCCCGUCCUGGAUAAAACCAAGUUCCUCGUCCCUGACCAUGUCAACAUGAGCGAGCUCAUCAAGAUCAUCAGGCGGCGCUUGCAGCUCAACGCCAACCAGGCCUUCUUCCUGUUGGUGAACGGCCACAGCAUGGUGAGCGUGUCCACCCCCAUCUCGGAGGUGUACGAGAGCGAGAAGGACGGGGACGGCUUCCUGUACAUGGUGUACGCCUCCCAGGAGACCUUCGGGAGGGGGCUGUCCGUGUGCGACUAGACAGCGCACCGGAAGCUUCCUGAGCCCUUACCAUGGAGAAGAAGGGAUGUCACCAAUGAGAUCGAUUGGCUCAUCUAGUCACAGGUCGUCAGAACAGUCGUUCCCACCUAGGAGUCUUAGGAAGUUGAUUUUGUAUUUCAUGCAGAAAAACUGAGUUCCAUUGAGCACACUCGGCUUUGGAAAGCUCUUAUUUAACCUCAGCUACCUUGUUUUCAAAGUUUAGAAGUUUAAAAAUAAAAUACUUUGCACCCUAAGUUGCCAGUAAAACAGACCUUCAGUUAUUUUAAUGCUUUUCCCCUAGUAGGAACUUGCAGUCGGAGCAGCAGCUUAGCUUCAGGCCCUCAAGACACCGAGGCCCUUCCCUGGCUCUGAGCCAGCUCCACAGGUCCCUGUGCCCAGGCUGCCGGGCAGAACCCCAGUGCCUUCUCGCAGCGCGGGCAGGGUGGGGAGGCAGCUGGGUCCACCCAGCAGCAGCAGGCAGGCCCCUGGAGGUGCUGCGCAGCACUCGGGCAGCAGCAGUCCUGAGUGACGUGUAAUUUGUGCCAAGUUCCCUUAAGAGCAGCGGGAGCAGUGGCAUUUCGUCUGCUUGGAUUUCUCUGGGCUGAGACCUCGAGCUGGCGCCUGCUCCGGGAGCGAAGCAGCAGUGGCCAGCGGACUCCAUGCCGUGCUCCUUCUGCCUGUGGCCGUGACACAGGAUGGGCUUCUCCACUAAGUAGACACUUGGGAUGUCAUGGAAGGGCUCGAACGCCAAUAGUAGGACUGUCCACUGUGCACCCACGGCACUGGGCUCCCUGUCUCAGGAAGGCUGUUGGGAGAACUGUCCGCGGUCCCAGGGGGCAGCAUCGUGGUGCCCUCCCCUGUAUGCGUGUCCCCUGCGAACUAUGACCUGUGUUAGUUUUACACAAUGUAAACUCAGCCUGCCUCCUGUAGACUACGCGCCAUUAUAUCCACAACCCUUGUAACCACUGUAUGACCGGUAAGAUGCCUGUAACACUGCUUUUCGCAAGCACUGAGGGGGGUGGUGUUUGUUUAUAGCAUCUUGAAAACAGUACAUUUGUAACGCACUAAGUAAAUAAAAGUAUAACCGAA